UCUCUGGAGUGAGGCGAGAGCCCCGCACAGAGCGAGCGAGACAGCGAGCUGAGCUCCGGGCGCUACCGCCACCGCAGCGGAGAGCGUGAGAGCGAGGGAGCAUCUGAGAGACCCAGCCCCCGUGCACUGGCCACCGCCGAGACCUUCGUCCUGACCUGGACCAGCGGGAGCCGCGGCCACCCCACUUCUCCCCCCCUCACCUUCCCGGCCGGCAGUGGCGGCUGCACACGCCGGAGCCCAAGCCGGAGCCGGCGGCUGGGGGGCAGGGAGGCGGCUACCUCGGGCCGGGACUAGUCAGCUUCUCCGCGGUGAGAAGACGCUGAGGAGGGGCCGAAGCUUCUGUCUCGUCCCGGAGCGCGGGGCGAGGGACCCCCAACGUGUAGGGAGGGGGUCCCAGCCGCAGCGACACAUGCGGGAGCCGGGAGCGGGGGCGGCGCCGAGCGGAGCCGGCCGGGUCCCCCACCACGCCGCUGCCUCGGCCACCCGCCCGGGGCCGUAGCAUCUUGCCCCGGAGUGUAUGAGCCGGGGACCCAAGCUCAGCAACCACCCCCCGGCCGGGGGGGCGGGGACCCCGAUGUGAAGCGGCGGCCCCGGCGGCGGGGAGAGCAGGACCGGCGCCGCCGUCCCUUCCUUACCUUCCCCCCCCCCUCAGCCCCCUCGCGGGGGAGGGGGUCUUCUCCCCUGGCCAGUCGCCGGCCCCCCGGCUCCUCGGCAGAACUCCGGGAGGAGUUCUUAGAGCCCCCUCCCCCGCCCCAGCCCCGAGGGCGGGGGGGACCCGGGGGGCCGGCUGCAGCCUCAGCCCAGAGGAAAACUUUGUAAGAGCAAAAUCUGGAGCCUCCCAGACGUGACUGUCCCGGGAGAAGUGGCCCAGGGCGGGCAGAAGACACAGCCUGAAGAGACCCAGGAAGAGGAAAAGAGGAGGUAAGCGGGGCCGCUGCCGCCUCCUCUGCUCCGGCAGCGCGGAAGAGACCCGGGUGACCGCCUGGCUUAGAGACACAAGCACCGCUUCUUCCUCAGUAACGUGCCGGAGCCUUCCGCAGCUGCCGCCUCAGAGCGAAGGAGGAAGGGAACCAACCCACUUUCUCAGCGCCACGGCUCUUCCCUAAAGUGAUUACUUCCUUAGGAUAGAUUGCCAGAAGUGGAGUUACUGGGUCAGAGGAAUGUGAAAUCCUUUGCAUCUUCUGAUAGUCUAGCUAAGGUCCAAGAAGUAGCAAGCUGGCUUUUGGAAAUGAAUCAGGAACUGCUCUCUGUGGGCAGCAAAAGACGACGAACUGGAGGUUCUCUGAGAGGUAACCCUUCCUCAAGCCAGGCAGAUGAGGAACAGAUGAAUCGUGUGGUUGAGGAGGAACAGCAGCAGCAGCAGCAACAGCUCAGACAACAAGAGGAGGGGCACACUGCAAGGAAUGGUGAGGUCGUCGGAGCAGAACCUAGACCUGGAGACCAAAAUGAUUCCCAGCAAGGACAGUUGGAAGAAAACAAUAAUCGAUUCAUUUCGGUAGAUGAGGACUCCUCGGGAAACCAAGAAGAGCAAGAAGAAGAUGAAGAACAUGCUGGUGAACAAGAUGAGGAGGAUGAAGAGGAAGAGGAAAUGGACCAGGAGAGUGAUGAUUUUGAUCAAUCUGAUGACAGUAGCAGGGAAGAUGAACAUACACAUAGUAACAGUGUCACAAACUCCACUAGUAUCGUGGACCUGCCUAUUCACCAGCUCUCCUCCCCAUUCUAUACAAAGACAACAAAAAUGAAAAGAAAAUUAGACCAUGGUUCUGAGGUCCGCUCUUUUUCUUUGGGAAAGAAACCAUGCAAAGUCUCAGAAUAUACAAGCACCACUGGGCUUGUACCAUGUUCAGCAACACCAACAACUUUUGGAGACCUGAGAGCAGCCAAUGGCCAAGGGCAACAACGACGCCGAAUUACAUCUGUCCAACCACCUACAGGCCUCCAGGAAUGGCUGAAAAUGUUUCAGAGCUGGAGUGGACCAGAGAAAUUGCUUGCUUUAGAUGAGCUUAUUGAUAGUUGUGAACCAACCCAAGUGAAACAUAUGAUGCAAGUGAUAGAACCCCAGUUUCAACGAGACUUCAUUUCCUUGCUCCCUAAAGAGCUGGCACUUUAUGUGCUUUCAUUCCUGGAACCCAAAGACCUGCUACAAGCGGCUCAGACGUGUCGCUACUGGAGAAUUUUGGCUGAAGACAACCUUCUCUGGAGAGAGAAAUGCAAAGAAGAGGGUAUCGAUGAACCAUUGCACAUCAAGAGAAGAAAAGUCAUAAAACCAGGUUUCAUACACAGUCCAUGGAAAAGUGCAUAUAUCAGGCAGCACAGAAUUGAUACUAACUGGAGGCGAGGAGAACUCAAAUCUCCUAAGGUUCUGAAAGGACAUGAUGAUCAUGUGAUCACAUGCUUGCAGUUUUGUGGUAACCGAAUAGUUAGUGGUUCUGAUGACAACACUUUAAAAGUUUGGUCAGCAGUCACAGGCAAAUGUCUGAGAACAUUAGUGGGACACACAGGUGGAGUGUGGUCAUCACAGAUGAGAGACAAUAUCAUCAUUAGUGGAUCUACAGAUCGGACUCUAAAAGUGUGGAAUGCAGAGACUGGAGAAUGUAUACAUACCUUAUAUGGGCAUACUUCCACUGUCCGCUGUAUGCAUCUCCAUGAAAAAAGAGUUGUUAGCGGUUCUCGAGAUGCCACUCUUAGGGUUUGGGAUAUUGAGACAGGCCAGUGUUUACAUGUUUUGAUGGGUCAUGUAGCAGCAGUCCGCUGUGUUCAAUAUGAUGGCAGGAGGGUUGUUAGUGGAGCAUAUGAUUUUAUGGUGAAGGUGUGGGAUCCAGAGACGGAGACCUGUCUACACACGUUGCAGGGGCAUACUAAUAGAGUCUAUUCAUUACAGUUUGAUGGCAUCCAUGUGGUGAGUGGAUCUCUUGAUACAUCAAUCCGAGUGUGGGAUGUGGAGACGGGGAAUUGCAUUCACACGUUAACAGGACACCAAUCGUUAACAAGUGGAAUGGAACUCAAAGACAAUAUUCUUGUCUCUGGGAAUGCAGAUUCUACAGUUAAAAUCUGGGAUAUCAAAACAGGACAGUGUUUACAAACAUUGCAAGGUCCUAACAAGCAUCAGAGUGCUGUGACCUGUUUACAGUUCAACAAGAACUUUGUAAUUACCAGCUCAGAUGAUGGAACUGUAAAACUAUGGGACUUGAAAACGGGUGAAUUUAUUCGAAACCUAGUCACAUUGGAGAGUGGGGGGAGUGGGGGAGUCGUGUGGCGGAUCAGAGCCUCAAACACAAAGCUGGUGUGUGCAGUUGGGAGUCGGAAUGGGACUGAGGAAACCAAGCUGCUGGUGCUGGACUUCGAUGUGGACAUGAAGUGAAGAGCAGAAAAGAAAUUUGUCCAAAUGUGUAGACGAUAUACUCCCUGCCCUUCCCCCUGAAAAACAAACAAAAAACAAAAACAACAGAAGAAAAAAAAGAAAAAAGAAAAAAAAAGAAAAAAAAGAAAAAAGAAAAGAAAAAGAAAAAAAAUCCCUUGUUCUCAGUGGUGCAGGAUGUUGGCUUGGGGCAACAGAGUGAAGAGAUCUACAGACAAGAAGGAAAAGAGGAAGACAUGACAAACCGUAACUGACGAGAGAGGCGUCUGCUGUCUCAGCACAUAAAAGGCUUCACUUUUGACUGAGGGCAGCUUUGCAAAAUGAGACUUUCUAAAUCAAACCAGGUGCAAUUAUUUCUUUAUUUUCUUCUCCAGUGGUCACUGGGCAGUGUUAACGCUGAAGCUUCGUUAAAGAUUCUGUUAGCCUGUCCUUUUACCACUGAGACCUAGGAAGGGGCUGCAAUAACACCCAAACAGGGACUGGCUGACUUUCUCAGUAGAGAGCAUCUGCAACAAAAAGUCAUUUUUCUGGAGUGGAAAAGCUAAAAAAAAAAAAAAAAAAAAAAAAAAAAAAAAUUUACUGUGAAUUGUUUUUGUACAGUUAUCAUGAAAAGCUUUUUUUUUUUUUUGCCAACCAUUGCCAAUGUCAAUCAAUCACAGUAUUAGCCUCUGUUAAUCUAUUUACUGUCGCUUCCACAUACACUCUUCAAUGCAUAUGUUGCUCAAAGGUGGCAAGUUGUCCUGGGUUCCGUGAGUCCUGAGAUGGAUUUAAUUCUUGAUGCUGGUGCUAGAAGUAGGUCUUCAAAUAUGGGAUUGUUGUCCCACCCCUGUACUGUACUCCCAGUGGCCAAACUUAUUUAUGCUGCUAAAUGAAAGAAAGAAAAAAGCAAAUUAUUUUUUUUUAUUUUUUUUCUGCUGUGACGUUUUAGUCCCAGACUGAAUUCCAAAUUUGCUCUAGUUUGGUUACAGAAAAAAGACUUUUUGCCACUGAAACUUGAACCAUCUGUGCCUCUAAGAGGCUGAGAAUGGGAGAGUUUCAGAUAAUAAAGAGUGAAGUUUGCCUGCAAGUAAAGAAUUGAGAGUGUGUGCAAAGCUUAUUUUCUUUUAUCUGGGCAAAAAUUAAAACACAUUCCUUGGAACAGAGAGCUAUUGCCGCCUGUUCUGUGGAGAAACUUUUCUUUUUGAGGGCUGUGGUGAAUGGAUGAACGUACAUAAUAAAACUGACAAAAUAUUUUAAAAAUAUAUAAAACAAAGUUGCUGGUCAGUCUUAGUGUUUUACAGUAUUUGGGAAAACAACUGUUACAGUUUUAUUGCUCUGAGAAACUGACAAAGCAGAAACUACAGUUUUUGUAGUAAAGGCGUCACAUGCAAACAAACGAAAUGAAUGAAAAAGUCAAAUGGUUUGCCUCAUUCUCCAAGAGCCACAACUCAAGCUGAACUGUGAAAGUGGUUUAACACUGUAUCCUAGGUGAUCUUUUUUUCCUCCUCCUGUUUAUUUUUUUUUUGUUUUAUUUAUAGUCUGAUUUAAAACAAUCAGAUUCAAGUUGGUUAAUUUUAGUUAUGUAACAACCUGACAUGAUGGAGGAAAACAACCUUUAAAGGGAUUGUGUCUAUGGUUUGAUUCACUUAGAAAUUUUAUUUUCUUAUAACUUAAGUGCAAUAAAAUGUGUUUUUUCAUGUUA